CUUUGUAAUUUUGUAUCGCCUCUGAAUCGUUUUCUAUUGAAGUGGCUUCUCAGCUUUAUCUCCUUCAUUCAACCAAUUUCUGAGGUGUCCAUCUUGUAUUCUUGUCUUCUAAAUUCUUCUUCAAGAAUGGAAUUUUGUCCCACUUGUGCGAAUUUGCUGCAAUAUGAAAUGACAAAUCCUGCUAGAUUCUUUUGUCGGUCUUGCCAUUACAUUUCUCCUAUAGAGAGAAAGGUGAAAAUUAAGAGAGGGGUGCAACUGACCAAUAAAGCGGCAACACCUAUCAUCGUGGGGAAAAAACCUGUUGGGGCUACUACUGAUGCUACUUGUCCAAAAUGUGGUCAUGGUCAAGCAGAAUUUAACCAGGUUCAAACCAGAUCAGCUGAUGAACCCAUGACAAUAUAUUACAGAUGCUUGAAUGAGGGGUGUGGACAUAAUUGGAAAGAGGAUUAGUCACAUUAUUUCAUCACUUGUCACCUGUUCUUUGUGAAGGCAAAUUUUGCUUCUGGAGCUAGCUUAUGGUUUUCUUACUCAGAUUUCAUCUUGUAGUUCGUUAUGGAAGACACAUGUAAAGGGCUAUGAGCUUACUUUUGGAAUUUGCGUAUGACUGUCAGCGUUUGAGACUGCAAUACCGAUUCUUGACAUCCUGGUUUGCAGUAUUUACUGAAAUUCAAGGUUAUGUUUGGUUUAGAAAAAAAAAAAUCUUUUCAAACCCAAAUUUCAUUAUCUGGUUUGGUUUCUUGCUAGAAAAUUAAAGACAUGAAAGGAAGAAGAAAGAUGGAGGGGAUGGAUGAAAGAUCUGAGUAUGAGAAGGAAAAUGUGGCAUCCCUUUCUCAAAUACGGACUGUUUUCUACCCUUUGACAAACUAUUUGUUACCCAAGAGAAUUUUAUCACCCCUUUAUGAAUCAAACUGAGGUAAAAUUACUGUUCAUUUCAACUAAAGUAGAACCCAAAUGAACGAAUGAUGCUUGAUUGCAUGAUCUUGUUGCUAUCAUAGCAAACAUGUCUGGGUUAAUAGCGGAUGGCUGCGACUUUUUAAGAAGUUUUUCGGAUAAUGAUGAAAGUGAAGAAUUAAGGUGCUCAUUUGCUUUAAUUAAAUUAGUAAAUGUUUGCUGCUCUGAAGUUUUAAUAUUAUGUCAUUCCUCACUUCAGUAUCGAUAGUCAUUUACUCGUUUGAGAAUACAAUAAUGUUGGGAUUACUUGCAGUAUAUCACUGGUAUGAUCAAAGUAUAUAUUAUUAUGA